CUCUCUGUGAGUGCGGGUCGGAUGUGCAGUUUUUCACGUCCCGGGCCAUCUUUGCUGAUCUCAUGGUAAAGGUGGGCGUCAGUGGGCGGUACCGCUAUUGAGGCCGGCUCAUUUUUGCAUUGGAGGGAGUGAAAGUUAGAGAGCUGCAGCACCAGCGGCAGAAGAAGAAAAACAGCUGACUUCAGGCUUGGUUUUUGCGCACCGUGCUGCUGCCCGUUAGUGCAACUUCAGGAGGGACGGUCUUCAACGGAGAGAAGAAAACUCCAACCAAAAUGCGGGUCAUCCAGAACCUAUAUGCUCGCACUGCUGUUCUGUUGGUGCUAUUAAGGCUGUCAGUUGCACAGUAUGAGCACCUCGGCUACCCCCCAGGCUACCCAUACCCAGAACAGGAAGAGUACACGGCCCCGCAGCUGGAUCCAGACACACCCAGGAUUCAGCUCCGACUUGCAGGGCAAAAGAGGAAACACAAUGAGGGCCGAGUAGAGGUUUUCUACAACAACCAGUGGGGCACUGUCUGUGAUGAUGAUUUCAACAUCCAUGCUGCCCAGGUGGUGUGCAGGGAGCUGGGCUACGUGGAAGCUGUCUCAUGGUUGCCAUCUUCUAAAUAUGGGAAAGGAGAAGGACCCAUCUGGUUCGACAAUGUCCACUGUACUGGCAAAGAAAAGACUUUGGCACAGUGUCAGUCCAACGGGAUCGGCAUUUCAGACUGCAAACACAGCGAAGAUGUAGGAGUGGUGUGCAGCGACAAGAGGAUCCCGGGAUUUAAAUUUCUCAACACUCUGCCCAACCAUGUGGAGAAUCUUGACAUUCAUGUAGAGGAUGUGCAGAUUCGAGCCAUUCUGUCAUCCUACCGUAAGCGGAUCCCUGUGAUGGAAGGCUACGUGGAGGUCAAAGAUGGUGGCAAAUGGAAGCAGAUCUGUAACAAAGACUGGACCCAGUUUAACAGCAGAGUGAUCUGUGGCAUGUUUGGCUUCCCCGGGGAGAGGAAGUACAAUCCCAGAGUCUACAAGAUGUUUGCUCGCAGGAGAAAGCCCACAUACUGGGACUACUCUGUCAACUGCACUGGCAAUGAAGCACACUUGUCCAGCUGUAAACUGGGCCAGGCUGUACUGGAGAAGUCCAAUGGGACCUGCCCUAGAGGAUUGCCUGUGGUGGUGAGCUGCGUGCCUGGUAAAGACUUUGCCCCAACACUCAUGACGGGAUUUAGGAAGGCCUUCCGACAAGAGCAACCAUUGGUUCGUCUCCGUGGUGGGGCCAUCGUAGGCGAGGGGAGAGUGGAGGUGUUGAAAAAUGGAGAGUGGGGCACCAUAUGUGAUGACAAGUGGAACCUGCUGUCUGCCACAGUGGUGUGUCGAGAGCUGGGCUUUGGUACAGCAAAGGAGGCUCUGUCUGGAGGUCGCCUUGGACAAGGUAUGGGUCCAGUGCAUAUGAAUGAGGUGGAGUGUUCAGGAUUUGAGAAGUCCAUAACUGAGUGUUCGUUCAAUAAGGAGGCCCUGGGUUGUAGCCAUGAGGAGGAUGCAGCCGUCAGAUGUAAUGUCCCAAAAAUGGGCUUCCAGGAAAGGCUGCGUCUGAGUGGAGGUCGUAACCCGUAUGAAGGCCGUGUGGAGGUGCUGGUGGAGAGAAAUGGCUCUCUGGUGUGGGGGACGGUGUGCAGCGAGGGCUGGAGAACCAUGGAGGCCAUGGUUGUCUGUAGACAGCUGGGUCUGGGCUUUGCCAGCAAUGCUUUCCAGGAGACCUGGUACUGGUCAGGUGAGGUGAGCGCUGAUGCUGUGGUGAUGAGUGGCGUUCGCUGCUCUGGAACUGAGAUGUCUCUGUCUCACUGCCUGCACCAUGGAGCCCACCUCAGCUGCCCCAAAGGAGGCGGCCGCUACGCAGCCGGGGUCUCCUGCUCUGAGACGGCGCCAGACCUGGUGCUGAACCCGCAGGUGGUGGAGCAGACCACCUACAUGGAGGAUCGGCCCAUGUUCAUGCUGCAGUGUGCAUAUGAGGAAAACUGCCUGUCCUCCACAUCCAGCGAGGUUCCUGCCAACACCUACCGCCGCCUGCUGCGCUUCUCCUCACAGAUACACAACAAUGGCCAGUCCGACUUCAGACCCAAAGCUGACAAGCACUCAUGGGUGUGGCACGACUGUCACAGGCAUUAUCACAGCAUGGAGGUGUUCACCAUCUACGACCUAUUCAGCCUCAAUGGAACCAAAGUGGCUGAAGGACACAAAGCAAGUUUCUGCCUGGAGGACUCAGAGUGUGAUGAAGGUAUUGAAAAGAGGUAUGAAUGUGCCAACUUUGGAGACCAGGGUAUUACUGUGGGUUGCUGGGAUACCUACAGGCAUGACAUCGACUGCCAGUGGGUCGACAUUACCGAUCUGAAACCCGGGGAUUACAUUUUCCAGAUUAUAAUUAAUCCAAACUAUGAAGUGCCAGAGUCGGACUACACCAAUAACUUCACGAAAUGCAGAUGUCGAUAUGAUGGUCAUCGUGUGUGGAUGUACAGCUGCCAUAAUGGUGGCUCAUUAAGCAGUGAAACAGAACAGACAUUCCCGGGCCUCCACAGCAACCAGGUGACCCACAGGUAAAGACAGAGCAGAGGAGUGGAGUUAACUGGCCUGUGCUUUCAACAGAAAGACCGGCUGAAGCCCACCAACCACUACACAUCUCAUCUAUGUGGAUUCCUCUGACCAGCCGUGCCCUGGUCAAAGCAUCUGUUUUUAUGCUCGCCUCAACCAUGAGGCAGUCGCUUUCUUUGACCCUCUCCUCUCCCGUUUCCCUCCGGCAGACAGAAUAUUUGAUUCCCCCUUCUGUCCGUGCUGCGGCAGCUACGGAUUUAACAACACUUCCAACCUCUCUGGUUAAGAGCAAGAGAACGGUGAAACUCUCUGUAUGCCCUGUGACAGAGAGAACUUGUUUUUACAGACCUGCAGGUUAGUGGCAGGUGUAUUACACAAGGUGCAGUAUCGAGGAAUGUCAUUACGAGUCUGCCUACUUUGAAAUGCAGCUUUUUAAAAGAACCCUGCUGCACUUCUUUUGUGUUUAUGUCUGUGUGUUUUUUUUUCACAAACUCUCCCUGAAGAGUUUGGUUUGUCUGUGCCAGGUCGCCUGAAGAUUGAGAGGAAUCAUCAAUAGCAAACGCAGCAGCCUGUGUGUGGAAAUGCAGGCUAUUUUUCAUUCCACUUUUUUUUAGCAGUUUCAGAAAAGUUUUUUACACACUGAAGCCCAGAUAAAUUAAGCUUCCUAUUGCAUAUGUUAUUUAAGCUUCACAUCUUCACUGAGGAUUUUUUUUUUUUUUCAAAUUAAGCUGUGGCAGAAGCAAUUUCUGCAAAGCAAAACAGCCCGUUCAUCACCAAUUACAAGUGCUAAUUGCCUGGUUCGGCUGGAAGACUAAUCUACCAUGGCUGAAACGUGACAUAUUAAAGUGUCUUAAAGUGCCCAAAGCCAUUUUAGCUCUGCACACUGCACUGCCAAGAUUGUGGUCACAUUUCAUAGAAGAGUAGCACUAAAAGUCUCUGAAGAAGCUGAUCAUAUAAAAGUAUGUUGAAAGAAAUAUAGAAAGGAAUAUUAUCUUUCCUAUUUACAGCAAGCAAUAAUUACUUCUAAUAGGGGCUUGAGAUUUAGUAUGCCUGCCAACAUUACCUUAACAUCCUCUGAUCAGCUUGUUUAUGCUGCCCUCUGGUGGUUUACAAUUUUCCAGGUUGCUGAAGUGUUGCAAACAUGUGCUGCAGUCAGUACACAUCUACAUUACUAUGAGGUGCAGUUUUUACAACAAGAUGCUUAACAGACAUAAGUUAAAACAUAAGAACCCACAAACUGUCAAAAAAAAUUUCUAAAGUGAAACAAACACAGUUAAAAAAAACUCUUUAAAAUCAAAUCCUUUUAAUUAUUUUUCAUUGUGAACUUUCAGUAUUACUAUUAUUAUGUGUCCACUUUAGCAGAGUUGUUCUUUCUUAGGUCUCAGUCACGCAGGUCUAGAGACCCCCUGGCAACCUUCAGGGGUAAGGAAAAAUGUGUAUUCUUCAACCAGUAGGCAAUUGGUUGCUGGAGGUUGCUAGCUGUCACUGGAUGAAAUUGGCUGCAAAGAGGAUGCAACAUAAACCUACUUUUGAUUUGGCUGAGAUGGUGAUUUAUCUGCAAACACUGGUGACCUAACCACUGAGCAUUAGUGAAACUUCAAAAAGUGCAUUUUACACCACAGGGAGGCUUUUGGUCAGCAAAAAAGGUCCACCUUACAACUGAAACCAACAUGUUUCAACUUCUACUUUUACUUUAAAGGUAAACGGUCUCCAUUUCUGAUUGGUGCCACGGUCUUCACAGCUUUACUACAACUUAUUGAGUAGUUUGUAAAUUUUUGCAAACAAGUCGUUGAUUUCCAUGCUAACUAGUGCUGACUGUCACAACCUGCUAGUGAGCAAGGCAAUAGCAAGGAGCUUUUUCGGUGUAGCCCUGGAUAUCGCUUUGCAACCAAUUUCAUGCUAGUGACUUCCAGAAACCAUACACCAACUGGCUGUGGUAUACACACUUUUUGCUAGCAUCUAGUGGUUGGCAGGGGUCCCUGAUUGGUCUGAAUAAAUUGGUCUUUAGCAGUCAAUUUCACAGCAACUACCAGCAAAUACUUGCAACCAUUUGGGGAGUAAAUACAAACAGGUGUCUACACCUGUGGGACUGGGGUCUUAUGUAACCAGUGAAAUUUUUAACUGCAUCACGUUCUAGCUGCAUCAGCUAAAUAAAAAAUGUACCAUUUUCAAGCUAUUAUGAUGAUGCAUUGACUGAGCAGUGAAGAGCUGCUUGUCAAAAAUUCAGGAAGCUUGUAAUUGGUUUAGCUAAUAAGCUAUACUAAACCAUGCUUUUAAUAUAUAGGCCUUUGUUGAUGCUUCACAUGACAGUUUGCAAAUAUUUAAGAGACAGGGAUUAUGUGGUAUAAAUGUGUCUUGUUUGAAUUUACAAUCCUGUUAGCAACAGAGAUGUGCUAAAUUUUGGUUUAAAAGUACAAGUUUCUUUCUAAGUUACACCUAUAAGUUUUUUAUUUUUUUAGAAAAACAUGAUAUAGUAGAAACACAAAUUCAUGGCAUUGGUCCUGUUAUGUUAUCAGUGUUCUGUUGUAAGCUAGUGUAAAUGGAUUGCUUCCUGUCAUUAGCUUGUAAUCUGCAGGUACCAUACAUUCGCAUGUUUUCCCUUCAAUUCAUAAACUAUCAGCUGCAAAUUCAAAUACCACAAUAAAAAGUGCUUUAAGUGCUUUAAGACAUUUGAUUUUAUAUUUAACUCCAGUGUGGCUUUUAGGCUUCCAGUCAGUGGGACUCUUUUAACAUGAGGAUCACAGGACUGCUGUCAAAUUUCAUCUUGCUGCUUUAUAUGCUGUCUUCAUAAGGCAAAAGAAGACCUGAUCUCCAUCCUGUGGCACCACAGAUUCUCUAACAACAAAAAGAGAAUGCAUUCCUCCCUGUUUGUCAGUUCCAGAUAUGUUGUUUUUCUCUUUUAUUCUUUUGUACAACAAUAUGUGAAUCCAGUGUUAUUUUAAUGGUGCUAUCAAACUGGUCCUCUGUUUUCUGAGGACACUUUACAUGUUGAACAGCCACAUGUAUAUAUGUAUACUAACAGUAUACUUGAACUGAGCAUACACAACCAUUUGCUAUUGUGUUUUCUUAUUAAUGACCUUGUUACCCCCCUGCUGAUGCAGUCGUCUUGGUUUUUAAACUGCUAAUAGCUGUUGUUUUUAGACCAAUGUUUGAUUGUGGAAUACUCUUCUUGUCACGGUGGGAUGUCGAGUUUUUAGUGCUGUCUUGCUGCUCAGUUCCAAAGCCAUGUAUCAGGAAAGUUUGUGACUUUGAAACACAGACUGGUCUGUCUGCUAAAAUCGGCUGUCUUUGGCAGCAUUCACGCUGCAUAAGACGGACUUUUUUCCUGUUCUGUGUCAUUUCAUCUCAGACAUGAUUCACAUUUCAGCUUUGAUUUUUAGUACAUUUGCAAUAACUUUAUAUUUUUUCCUUUAUUGUUAUGAGUUGUUGGGUGUAGAGUCAGUUAAAUUUACAACACAAUAAACUGUAAAAGUGUGUGGAUAA